UGCAAGGAUAAACAAAAUGUGCGAUGGACUGGCAGGAUACGCACUCUAGCCUUAAAUAAGCAGGGUCAAGAGUUCUCUUGGGGGAUGGAUAGUGGUCAGUGGCCUCUGUUCUCGCUGGUGCGAUGGGUUGAAUGGGUCUGUUCUUAUCUCUUGCUGGAUGGGUGAGGACACACUCCAAAAGGACUCUCGUGUAUCGUCAGUUGCUGUCUGCCAUGUGGGCGCGAUGGUUGUACACGCUCCUGUUGCGCAUCUGGAUGAUCCAGGGCCUGGUACUGGGCAUAACCGGGCAUUAUUACAGUCCAUCCCGUCGCCGGUUGGUGCCCAGCAGAGUGCUCCACUGGUACAGCUGGCUGAUGAUGCUGGCCACUCUGGCGCUGUACUGGGGGUACUGGUUAUAUGCGCAGGACUACUUUGUGCAGGGCACGUUCCGCAGGCACGGAUUCGUGCAGUCCCUCAGCUAUGGUACCGUCGUGUUGCAGCUGAUCGCCCUGGUGGUGCAGACCGUGCUGCGGAUGUCCCGUGAGCAGGAGGUCUGUGCGGUCUUCAACGAACUGAUGGCUAUGAGGUCUACGGUGUCCAGAGUGCACCCCCAGGGGGAGCCCAGUCGCUUCUACUACGUUGUGUUCUUCGGCAGGCUCUUCAAUUACCUGCAAAACUUAAACUUUAGCCUGAGCAUUCUCCUGAUCGUUGACAUGCGGUCGGUGAAUGUCUGCGACUAUUUGUCCAACUUCUACUUCGUUUACAUGUCGCUGGUCAGGGACACCCUGCUGAUGUCCUACAUUCUGCUGUUGUUGGAGCUGGGCGAGGCCCUGAGGGUCAAUGCUGAGCAUCCAAGGACGUCCUAUGCGGGCCUAAUGCGACAGCUGCAGCGGCAGGAGCGCCUGCUUCGGCUGGUGCGACGGGUGCAUCGCCUGUACGCGUGGCAAGUGCUGGCCACGAUGUUCUUUCAGCUGUACUUCAACAUGGCCACCUUCUACGUGGGCUACUCGUUCCUGGCAGCGUCCUCAGCGCCGGUGACGGGAUUCCGUGUGUGGAAUGCCAAGUUCCUGCUAACCGUUCUCACGUUCAUCACCAAGCUCUUCGAUGGCCUCCUUUUGCAGAUUGUCGGCGAGCGUUUGUUGGCCCAGGGAAACAAACCCUGUGAAGGUCCACGAGUGGAGGACGCGACUUACAUGCAGGCAGCCCAACGCCAGGUGAGCAGACCAGGUCCUGACCAAAAGAUAACUCUAUCCUCUAUCCCAUAGAUGGAAAUGGCUAGCCUGAAGCGGGCCAUUCGUGCCGGUUCCCCAGAGAACAGGGUCCUCGGCAUGUUUUGCAUUGACAUGAGAUGUGCCUUCGCUGUGAUCAGCUGCAGCCUGUCCUACGGUAUUAUAAUCAUGCAGCUGGGAUAUAUACACAGCUGAAGCCCAGACCCCGUUCACGUCACCAGCCAAAUGUAGCCAUGCAAUCAGCACUCAAUCGUAAUUAACUGAAAUAUCUAUCUAAAUGGAUCUGUGGUCGAGGGGUGGCAGAACACGAGCUACUCGUACAGUUCACUGGCUAUGCCCAGGGCUUGCCCGGGCAGGAUACACUUGUGCUAAACUUCAUAUACCCGUCUUUUAUAAUCAAUCAGACACAUA